AUGGACCCAAACAAGAACAGAACACAGAUGGUCUACGACGAAUUGGGACAAAAUGGCCCUCUGUCUAGAUUUGGUAAGGAUGACGAGAAGCAGGGUGGCUCGACGCAGGAUGUUACUGCUGUCCUUCCCAGCGAACGCCUUGUCUCGCUCAUCCAAGAUCCUCACCACCAUAGUGUGACAGUGUUCUUAGAAAAGCAAGCUUUCGACAGCUAUCCUACAGGAGGAGAGUGA